UCCACUCACGCGGUCACUCUCCUCCAGUUGUCCAGUCUCCGCUCGCUAUAUCCGCUCCCGCGCGACUCACUCAACCCAGUACACACACUCCACCUAAUCUUCUUCUCCUCACACAUUCACACACACACACCCCGCAGACCCCGGCACCUUACCGAGCGGCGGCUCAGCACGCUGCUGCUACGCACAUGGACAAGAGCCAGGGAGUCCUACUGUCCAGCAACGUCGGGGCCGGCUCCCGGCCGUGGCCGGAGCUGCUCGGCUCCGCCCACUGGGACGGCCUCCUCGACCCGCUCGACCUCACGCUGCGCCGCCUCAUCCUGCUCUGCGGCGACCUCUGCCAGGUCACCUACGACUCCUUCAACUCCGACUCCCACUCCAAGUACUGCGGCACCUGCCGCUUCUCCAGGUCCACGCUCCUCGACCGCACGCAGUUCCCGGCCGCCGGCGACCUCUCCGUCGCCGCCUACCUCUACGCCACCUCCGACGCCACGGCGUUCCCGGGGAGCAUGGUGUACUCGAUGUCGCGCGAGGCGUGGAGCAAGGAGUCCAACUGGAUCGGCUACGUCGCCGUGUCCAACGACGCCGCAGCGGCCGCCUCGGGCCAGCGCGUCAUCUACGUCGCGUGGCGCGGCACCAUCCGGUCGCUGGAGUGGGUCGACGUGCUCAAGCCGGACCUGGUCGACCACGACGACAUCCUCCCCGAGGGGCACCCGGGGCGCGGCCGGUCGCGCGUCAUGAAGGGGUGGUACCUCAUCUACAGCUCCACCGACGAGCGCUCCCCUUUCUCCAAGUACAGCGCCCGCGACCAGAUGCUCGCCGCCGUGCGCGAGCUGGUGGCGAGGUACAGGAACGAGAGCCUCGGCGUCGUCUGCACGGGGCACAGCCUCGGCGCGUCGCUCGCCACGCUCUGCGCGUUCGAUAUCGUCGUCAACGGCGUGUCCAAGGUCGGCGACGGCGCGCACAUCCCGGUGACCGCCGUGGUGUUCGGGAGCCCGCAGAUCGGGAACCCGGAGUUCAAGAAGCAGUUCGAGGAGCAGCCCAACCUGCGGGCGCUGCACGUCAGGAACAUGCCCGACCUCAUCCCGCUCUACCCGAGCGGCCUCCUCGGCUACGCCAACGUCGGCAAAACCCUCCAGGUCGACUCCAAGAAGUCGCCCUACGUGAAGCGAGACACCAGCCCAGGCGACUACCACAACCUGCAGGGGAUCCUACACACGGUGGCCGGCUGGAACGGGAAGGACGGCGAGUUCAAGCUCCAGGUGAAGCGCAGCGUCGCGCUGGUGAACAAGUCGAGCGGCUUCCUCAAGGACAGCAACCUUGUGCCGGAGUCAUGGUGGGUGGAGAGGAACAAAGGCAUGGUGCUCGGCCAGAACGGGGAAUGGCAGCUCGAGGGGCCCGCAGAGGAGAACCUGCCCGUGCCACCGGUGGUGACCGGGAAGAUCAUCGACGACGACGUCGCUGCCGUGGCCACCUCCAGCAGUGCCAAGGAGGAUAAGAAGACGGGCAAAGGGUCUAAGCUUCUGUCUGGAUUGAUUGAUCAACUGCUUUGUGUGCCUGAUACAUGUAAAGCCGGAGCUGCGUGAGUUGUUGAAGACCACAUCAGAAAAAGACUCGAGAGCGGUGGCGUCGAACUGAUAUGCUUGUGAAGUAGCUGGAGCUUGGGAGUUGGGAGCGAGCUAGAUUACAACAAUGUCAUUUAUCGGUUUUUCUUUGGAAUAAAAUGAGUUGUUUUGUUAGGAGAAAGUAGUAUUUUUCCUUUCUGCUUUUAGUGUCUCUUGAGAAAGAAUAAAAUGAGUCCUGGCAUCAUAAGUAGGUGGGUUAGUCGACUAGGUUCGAGCCUCACCACAUCUCAAUAAAUAUCGAUAUGUGACCCCUCCUUUCAUAUCCAGUAUCUUUUAAGUGUGCCUUGUCUCCUAGAUAUAAUUUCUGUUUAAAACAGCCUUCUACCUGAACAUGUAUGAUAGAAGCAUAAACUGAGCACACCAAUUUUUCCCUUCCAGAUAAGGUUUCAAAAACCUUUCAGAUA